UUGUUCAUUUGUUUAAACAACAGCAGGUGAGAUGAGUUAGUUGGUGGGCUUUUUGUUAGCUUAUGUCAGUUUUAAGUUUUGUAUCGAAUGUAAAUUUGAAGACCUAAUGUAUUCCCGCGUAAACGAGUGCUCCUCAAACAUAAUCAAUUUGUUUCGUUUUUGAGCAUAACUAAAAGAAAUACCAUGAACAUUACAGUCCGUCUUCUGACCGUGGCACUCAUGACAUUCAGCAGAUUGGAGACAAGAACAGCAAACUGCGACGGAAAUUUUGAACUGAGCAGACUUAACCAUGGUCACCAUGAGCGAGGAAUUGAAAACCAUGCCAUAGUGGGGCACAGUUUCAAAAAUUUCACGUUGCCAAGUAUUUAUGAUUGUCAUGUUCAGUGCUUUGACGAGAAAUGCAAGUGCCAAGCAUUCCAGAUAUCUGGGGAUCGCUGUGAGCUGUUAGAUGAAGAUAAAUUUUCAACUCCUGAUGAGCUAAUUCACACUCCGGGGUACGCGUAUUUUGAUAUGAGCAGGGAGUACAUUCACCAGGUAACUUCAAACAGCGCAUAUCCAGACUCUCACUGCAGUAACCAAUGCUGUAGUCAGAAUACGUGUCUUAAUGGCGCCACGUGCACUGAGCUCUGCAAGGACGCCAAACACAAGUUUAACUGUUCAUGUGCACCAGGAUAUGUCGGGAAAUUUUGUCAGAAGCGAAGAACAUCCUGUAAAGAGCAGCUUUUAAUGGACAAGAGGUCACCAUCACAAGCUUACUGGCUGUUUGAUCCGACAACCAACUCUUUGGGCGAAACCUUUUGCGAUUUUACCUCUGAAAAUGGCUUUGUUUGGACCCUUAUUGAAUCGUUCAGCCUAGAUAAUAAUCAAAAUUUUUCGGAUAAAUCAUUUUAUAAAGAUUUUCCAGUCAAUGAGAACGAUUUUAACUGGAAUAAGUUCCGCUUUUCUUUGAGCAGAAUGGAGUCAGUUGCCAACCGGUCCUCUCACGUGCGUGCAACAUGCAACUUUAACAUUGAUGGUCUGAACUUCACUGAUUACUUGAGAGCCAAACUGACUGAUAUCGAUGUGAUGCGGAAGAAAUUCGACGAUUGCAGGAAUUACGAAUACAUUAACAUUCGUGGUUACGGUUGUUACAACUGCACUGCUGUGUUUGUUCAGCAGGAUAUGUGGCACGCGCAUGUGGACUCGUAUUAUGGCGUAGACUGUCAGUUGGCCGUUCCAGGAGCAAUAAGGGACCCAGGAGGGGAGGAUGACUUUGGUUGGUACCAAACAGUUAACCCCAUUCAUAGGUGCUCUUCAAAUAAGAAGUCCACCACGCAGUGGUGGUUUGGAGAACAGUGAGAUUAUACCAGGAGCAGUAGAGGGCUUUAAAUAUCAAUUCAGAUUUGGAAAUUAAUGCAGGGUGCUAUUCACCAAUAGCAGCAUUCGCCCUGACAAAGGGCUAACGCUCGAAACUUCAGUUUUUUAACUUUGCACGGUGGCCAAUUUACAAUUUCAACAUAGUUGAUAAAACCAAAUUACCCUGCUAUUAACAAAGCCUAGCACAGUUUUGCGUAUGCGUGGUGUUUUUUACCACAGACGCUAGACAACGAGUGGCACCAGCGAGUUUUCGCACUUGUACAUAUGCUUCGCUUGAUUAAGAAAGUUGAGAGAGAUCAGAUGUGUAUAUAGAAUUUUGCUGUUACGAUUACGAAAGUGUCCUGAAUUUAUGUCACAAGUUGCUACUAUCUUAGUCCUAAAUAUUUUAAAAUCGUUAUUUACCUGGAAUGUAGGAAGAUUUAGUAACUUUGGUGGUGUACAGUGCUAGAAUGAAAUGUUUACUCUUAACAACACUUAUAAAGUCAUCGUUUCACGUAACCUGGGAAGAUUUCAGCUCUGUACUUAACAGAGCUUAAUCCUUAAUCUCCUGCUAAAAAUUUUCGUCUUCGACGUUAACAUGAUGAAAGAAAAAAAUGAGUUAUAUUCAUCAUAGAGAGUAUUAAUUUUGUUUUUUGUGUUUUUGUGUUAUGCGACUCAAACUAUUCGUUUAUGUUAGAGAAAAGUUGAGCUAAGAUUAUGAAUUCGUCCUUUACAAUUUCUCUGAAAAUAUGGGAAAAAGCCACUGUGACAAUCAAUGUGCUUUUUUUAUUUCUGUUUUGUAAUGUGCUUAUCAUUUCUAUCUUCAAAGCUGAUCAUUGUAAUCUCUUCAGUAAAUUAUGUACAAAGUUUUGCUAUUGUUUUAAGUUAUGAUCUGAAACGGUGUCUCGUCGACACAGUUUAAAUGUAUUAACGGUUCGCCCAUAAAUUUCAAUAACCCCUGGGAACAACUAACUUUUGAAACAUGUUUCUUUAUAAAGUAUUUUUGUUCUUAAUGUAUCAUUAGAAUCCAGUCGAACACUACAACUCUACGUGCCCUAUUUUCUAGCUGUAAUUAUCAUUUCGUACACAAGAUGAUCAGUUCUGCAAGUAUCUCAAAGCUAAGCAAUUAUCCAUCUGUAUAUAGCCACGGAAUGUUUUAAAAGGAGUUCGUUAUGUAAGAUACAUCAAAUCAAAUUUCUUUGUUCGUUGGGUUUGCUCUAUUUGUCGUAACAAACAAAAAGCAAGCAAUAUGAUUGUACAAUUUUUAUAGAAUGAAACGUGGUUAGUAUAGAACACACAAGUGAACAGUGCUUUUCGCGCGCGCUUAUUGUCUAGUUAGGAAGUGAAUAGCGAGUACCAUUCACCUUCACUUUGAUGAAUAGUUGUCAUCUAUUGCGUGUUGAGGCUCUGAAAAAAAAAGUUAAAUGAAAAAAACUCUU